UAAACAUUUCGUUCCUUCCUGCCUGUCGUCGUCAACCUAACAACAAAAAGUAAACAAUUCGCCCCCAUUUCUUCCGCCAGAACAAAGAAAAACCCUCGUAACACAGGCCACGGGAAAGAGAAAUCCUUCCCCGCGCCAUGGCCGCCCUGCGAAAUCCUCCUCCCAGUUUCUCCUUCGUCGCCCUGCUGAUCCCCCUGCUGCUCUCGAUUUCAACCGCCGCGGCCGCGGCCGCUGCCGCCGCACCCACCAUCUACGACUACCUCCACCGCAACGGCCUCCCGAUCGGCCUCUUCCCGGAGGGGAUAACCAACUUCUCCCUCGACUCGACCACGGGCCGGUUCCAGAUAAACCUCACCCAGCCCUGCAACGUGAAGCUGGAGAACCAGCUCCACUACGAUUUCAACGUCUCCGGCCUUUUAUCUCCGGGCAAGAUCCAGGAGCUCUCCGGGAUGUUGCAGCAGGAGCUCUUCCUCUGGUUCCCCGUGAAAGGGAUCCGCGUCGACGACCCCAAGACCGGGUUGAUUCACUUCGAUGUCGGGGUGGUGGACAAGCAGUUCACUUUCUCCAUGUUCGAGAUCCCCGGCCAGUGUGUCGACGGCGACCAGCCUUCUCAAUCUUCCGAUUUGUACUGGAUUCAGGAACAUUAUGACAAUCAAGGCGAGUUGAGGGCAGAUUCUUAGACGAAUACCAUUGGAGGUGGAAACUGGAGGCUGCUGCUGCUGCUGCUGCUGCUGGCUUGGAGGGUGGAGAGAAACCAAGAUUUGUUUGUAAUCACAGAUUUGACCUGUGGGUUCUUUCAAAAGUGGUGUUGUUGCCGCUCGCGUCUUGCUUCGUUGUAUAGAGAGGUUCUUCUGUGUUGUGAAAUAGGUUGCUGCUGAUGAUGGUGGAAGAAUUUGAGCCAAUGUCUUUUGAGGGAUUGGAACAAUUUUUACCUUGAUCAAGAAACAUAUGUAUACAUAGAGUUUGAAUGCAUCAAUCAAUCAAUGAAUUAGUGCCAUUGCACCCCCAAGGUCAACAAUGUUGUUUCUAGUUGAAGUCUAUUUAGUUUCUUUAUGCAGAUGAUGAAACCUGGUAGCCUAAGGAGAUCACUGAGCUCUUGCUUUCAUUUCAUAUAAAUGAGGUUAUGCAAUGUAGCAAGGUAAGAUCAGCCAUUACAAACAAGACUUGAUUGUGUCGCGUAAUGAUUCGUUGAGCUCAUACAUAGUAACCUAGCAGCCUCGAUAAUGGUUACGAGACUUUCCAGUUUCCCCCGACUCGAACAAUGAAGUAAGCAAAGCUGUGUAUGAGCACUACAGAUAACAAUGUAAGGCUUCAUGAAACUCAUCCAAAGAAACUGGGGGAAAUAGACUGCCAUCUUGGAUUUCCUUUCAGAUACCAACAUUUCACAUUGAUCACAGACACAGAACAACACCACUAGGUGCAGCAAACAAGAAAAGAAGCAAUGCCUUUUAACAUUUCCACCAUCUUCCUCUCUAUUCAUUACACAAUCAUACGACUAGGCUAGGCCGGGAAUUGUUUCGAAAACAAUGCAGAACCCGAGAAGAUAAAUGGAAUCCAAACAACCUGAUGCAAGUUUCCUCCUUUCUGGUUUACAUGAUUAUCAUGAUGCAAAAUGGAGUCGAUAACUGAGAAAGAACAUUAGAAGACAAGCAGAACUGGAACCAAGAACUACCCCAUUUGCCUGCGGGCAGCAUCAGCAACAAAAGGGAGAUAAGGGGUUCUCCCCAAGAGACUACUCACCAAGCCAUAGACAAAGCAUAACGAGGUGAACAAGAAGACGGCGUUAUGACCCCAGACAAUCAACUUCACGGCGAGAGCAGAUCGACCCGGGUUGAAGAUCCUGCCGAAGAGGAGCGGGAGGACGAGGAGGACGUCGAGGGUGAGCGCCUGCAUCGCGUUGAACCUGACGUAGUCGCUGAGAUUCGGGUUCCUGACGACGCCGAGGUAGAGGCCGAAGAAGGCGACGAAGCUGGCGUAGGGCAGGGAGCGGUAGAGGGAGAGCAAAGGGACGAGGGGCUCGAAGAGGAGGGCGGAGACGGAAGGGAACUGGGCGAAGAGGAAGCGGCCGUACUGGAGGGAGUUGAAGAAGGGGAGGGUGUAGGCGACGGCGGCGAUUAGGCGAUCGGUGGCCGGGGUGGUGGUGUUGCUGUUGCCGGAGAGGCGGGCGGUGACGGUGGUGAUGGGUUUGCGGUGGGAGAGGCGGAGGUUGUGAAUUGGGGAGAGGGUGCGGGUGGUGGUGGCGGCUGGUGGGAGGAAGGGAGUGGAGCAAUGGUGGCGGCGGCUGGAUUUUGGAUUUGACGGUGGGAGUAGGGUUUGGGUUUUGGAUGGGGAGAAGCGGAGGAACAGAGACGAAGUUGCAGCCAUUUUUCCCGACGUUUUGGGGUUGGAUUCGAUUUUGGUUUGGGGGAAGUUUGGCUUUUGUUUCCGCAAAGACAAUGCGGAGCGGGCCGGCAGAACAACCAAGAUAUUGAAGAAGUUUGCAGCACAUACAUUAUUCACUGCGUGAAAUAAAAACAAGGCACCUCUAGAU